AUGGCAAGAGUACAUUUGAAUUGUAAGUUUUAUAGAGGAAAAUUGGAUGUAGGGGUUUUAGAUACCUUAGCUGAAGAUGUUAUCUUGGGUAAUGAGGUAUAUGUAAGUAUGACUAAAGAUAGUCAAAAGAGUACAGCUUAUGUUGUCACUAGAGGAAAAAGUAAAGCAUUAAAAGAGAAAAAUGCUAAGGUAAGGUGUAAUGAACAAUUAACAGAUGUUCAUGCAAGACCAGUGGAGCAACUGCCAGAAAGUGUUGUUGAUGUUGGUGAUACUAAUGACAGCAUAGAUGAUCAAGGUGAGUUAGAUAAAGUUGAGGAUCAUAAUGAUGAGAUUCAGUUACCAGUAAGUGAUAAUGAAGUAUUUGAUGUAUUCAAAUUGAGACGAGCCGAGUUGAUAAAGUUACAGCAAUCAGAUGUAACAUUGACAAAGGUCCGUGAAGUAGUAGUGCCAGAAAAUAUGAUAGCAAAUAAAGUUUGUUUUUUCUGGAAGGAUGGUCUAUUAUUUCGUCAAUGGAGGCCCAUGAACUCAGCUGAAGCAGCUGAGGUGACUCAGUUAGUGGUCCCGUUAAAGUGUAGAGGUGAGUUGUUAAGGAUUGCUCACGAUAUUCCUUUAGCUGGUCAUUUAGGAAUAGAGAAGACAAAACAAAGGUUACUGCAGCAUUUUUAUUGGCCAGGGAUAUUUUCAGAUGUGGCACAUUAUUGCAGAACGUGUGCUGAAUGCCAAAAAUCUGCUAAGAGAUAUGCUCAUGAAAAAGUCCCGAUGAUAUCAAUGCCAAUUGUGGAUGUACCAUUUCGGAAGGUAGCAAUAGAUCUGGUAGGACCUUUACCAAGAAGUAAAAAAGGUAAUAAAUAUAUAUUGGUGUUGUGUGAUUAUGCCACUAGAUAUCCAGAAGCUUUACCAAUUCCAAAUAUGGAAGCUGAAACAGUAGCAGAUUGUUUAAUUGAGAUUUUUAGUCGGGUAGGUAUUCCAAACGAGUUACUUAGUGAUCAAGGGACAAAUUUUAUGUCUAAACUUAUAAGUGAUAUGUGUGUUAAGCUACACAUUAACAAAUUGAAAACUAGUAUUUAUCAUCCACAAUGCAAUGGGCUUGUUGAGCGGUUCAAUGGUACUCUUAAAUGUAUGUUGCGUCGCUACACAGCAGAACACCCAAAGGUGUGGGAUACCUAUUUACCAUACCUGUUGUUUGCUUACCGAGAAGUUCCACAAGCAAGCACAGGAUUUGCUCCAUUUGAGUUAUUAUAUGGAAGACAUGUAAGAGGACCUCUGGCUGUGUUAAAGGAAGGGUGGACUGGAGAUAUUCCAGAAGAGGAAAAUUUAGCGGAAUAUGUAAUUAACAUGAGGGAUAAGAUUGGGGAGAUGAUGGAAGUAGUGAAGCAGAAUAUGGUGGUCGCACAGGCUAAACAGAAAAGAUGGUAUGAUGUGAAAGCUCGUGAUAGAUCUUUUGAUAUUGGUGAAAAGGUGCUGGUGUUACUCCCAUCAAGAAGUCAGAAGUUACAGGCAGAAUGGCAAGGUCCAUUUCAAGUUACAAGAAAAAUGACAGCUGUAGAUUAUGAGGUGAAUGUUGGUAGUCGAAGGAAAACUUGCCGAGUGUACCAUAUUAAUAUGUUGAGGCCUUGGAAGGAGAGGGAAGAGAUUGCAUGUUUCGUGGAUAUAGUAGAAGUAGUCAAGGAAGAAAAUGAUGUAUUGGAUGCAUGUUUCGUCGAUAUAGUGGAUGUGGUCAAGGAAGAAAAUGGGGUGUUAGACACAGUAGCAGAAAAGAAAGGUAAGGAAAACUGGAAAGAUGUGAAAAUAUAUGAAAAUCUGACAGAAGAGCAGCGGGCAGAAGUAUUACAGUUACUAGAGCGUUAUGGUGACGUGUUUACAGAUGCACCAGGGCUGACUGGAUUGGUGGAACAUGAAGUGGUUACUUGUGAAGACUUUCCCUUACGUCAGAAACCAUACAGGUUACCUCAAGCAGUACAGUCCACAGUGAGAGAAGAGUUAGAUAAAAUGCUGAAAUCAGGUAUUAUUAGACCAUCUAAAAGUCCAUGGGCAAGUCCUAUUGUGUUAGUGGGUAAGAAAGAUGGUACAGUUAGGUUCUGUGUAGAUUAUAGAUCUCUUAACAGUGUCACCAAAUUUGAUGCUUAUCCCAUGGCACGUGUGGAGGAUCUCAUAGAAAAGUUUGGUGAUGCCUGUUAUAUUUCUACUUUUGAUUUGUCAAAGGGAUAUUGGCAAAUUCCUUUGAGUAAAUCUUCCUGUGAGAAAUCUGCUUUCAUAACUCAAUUUGGUCUCUUUGAAUUUACAGUGAUGCCUUUUGGCAUGAAAAAUGGUCCAGCAACCCUACAAAGGUUAAUAAAUCAGAUACUGCAAGGUACAAAUGAGUAUGCUGGUGCAUAUAUGGAUGAUAUAGAGGUACAUGAUGUUAGCUGGAAAGAGCAUUUGUUACAUUUGCAGGCUGUACUUGAGCGAUUGAGGAAUGCAAAGUUGACUGUGAAGCCUAGCAAGUGUUAUAUUGGUGGGCCACAAGUGUCCUUUGUUGGAUAUAUGGCAGGUAGUGGAGUGAUAAGAGCUAUGCUGGACAAGGUGCAAGCUGUUAAUAAUUUUCCAAGACCCAAGACUAAACAAAAUGUUAGAGCAUUUUUGGGUUUAGUGGGAUAUUAUCGUAAAUUCAUUCCUAACUUCUCUGAAAUUGCUUUUUAUUUGACAGAGUUAAUAAAGAAGAAGUGUUCAAAUCAAGUAAUAUGGACUGAAGACUGUGAGACAUCAUUUUGUAAAUUGAAGCAAGCAUUGACAUCUGAACCUGUACUGCAUAAUCCAGAUUAUACCAAACCUUUUGUCUUGCAGGUUGACGCUUGUGAUCAUGGUAUUGGUGGGGUGUUAAGUCAAAAUAAUGACAAAGGAGAAGAACAUCCCAUAGUAUACAUCAGUAGGAAGUUGUUGCCUCGUGAAAUGAAUUAUGCGACUAUUGAGAAGGAAUGUUUGGCCAUUGUUUGGGCAGUGGAAGCAUUAUAUCCAUAUUUGUAUGGUAGAGCAUUUACUGUUCAGAGUGACCAUCAUCCUUUAAAAUGGCUGAAUCAAUUGCGCGAACGGAAUCGUAGACUGAUGCGUUGGAGUCUGACCUUGCAAGGUUACCAGAUAAAUUUCCAACAUAAAAAAGGGGUUGAAAAUGGCAAUGCUGAUGGCUUGUCAAGAGCAUGGCAGUCAGAUGUGGGUUGA